CUGUCUCGGGCUGUCAGAGCUGGACUGAAGGACUGAAGUCGGUGGCUGGGACACCCAGCUAAUAAUAACGACAAAAGCUACCAUGUCGGUGCUGUCCCUCGCCAUUCUGCUGUUUUUCAGAGGGUUUACUUUCUCUGUGGCAGACGACUGUGAAGGUUAGACAGCAUGGUGUGAUGUGUGUGGGCUUUCUCCACAGACUGUAUGGCAGUCUGACCUCAGCCCACAGAGAACUCACUCCUGCCCUGGUGGAAGAAGAGCUGAUCCAGGCCUGCACUGUCGCCCAAGGGAAGGAGGCAAGGCUGUGUUACUACCUAGGAGCCAGCAGUGAUGCAGCCACCCGUGUCACAGCAUCAGUGUCUCGACCUCUGGCCUUCCAUGUCCCUGUUGAGAAGAUCUGCCAACGCCUCAGUAGCAGCGACACACAGAUCUGUCAGCUCAGAUAUGAGCCUCAGCUGAAGGAUCUGAGCAGUGAUGGGCUCAAAAAGCUGAGGGUCGUGGAGCUGAGGAACAUUUUAGCCUCAUGGGGAGAAGAGUGUCGGGGCUGCCUGGAGAAACACGAGUUUGUCAGCCUCAUCCAGGAGAAAGCUCCACUGCAUGCUCACAGUAUGGAACUAUGAAUAGUAAUUAAUAUCUCAGAAAAAAGGCAAUACAUCUGUAUUCACACUGCAA